AUGCACCUAGCAAGAGACAGAGACGGGUGCCGCUCCAUGAUUACCCAAGUCCAAGUGGAUGUGGGACGCUGGGGUGGACGUGUGCUGCCAACAGCACUGCGUCCCAAAGGCACAGCGAAGGGAGCUCCUACUACCGAUUCGCCAUGCCCAGCUGGUGACGCCAGAUGGUCCUACAGUCGAUUAGUCGAACUCCGACCCGAACAUGACGACACCGAGGGAGACAUCCCAGGAGGAACAACAGGUUCAGGAGAGCAAAUGAAUAGUGGCAGAGGGAGAGGUGUGAUGUCAGUUCCUGUCAGUGCCAUUUUUGCUGCUUUGUUCACCCCUUCUCUGCAUCAGACACCAGAAUGGAUUGAGAGGAGAGGGGAAAACUCAAACCCAUUAACCACCUAGCAGCUGCUGUAGGGACCAAGAGCUUUCUGCCAAUACUAGUAUGGCCGCCGGCCGACCAGAUUGACCUAACUUUUCCCCCACCUCAUCCUCUCCUGUCAUCUUUCUUCCAAGGUUAAAAUGAAAGAAGAUUAACGUAUAACUACUGAGUAUAUCAUAAUUAAGCAUCACUACCCACCAGCCCUCUCACCUCCCUGCAGCUGUACUAAUGACAAGCAGUAG